AUGAUGGGUGGCCCUAACCCUGAGCUUCACCAGCAAAAAAAGAACCCAACCUGGCAACGUACAGGGAACAUGAAUCAAAAUUCUCGGGCUGGCGAUGACAUGGAACCACGGCUUAAACAUGGGAUCCCGAUGCAGGUGCUUCGAUCCCUCUUGCUUGCAACAUGGUUCAACUGCUGUUGUGUCGUCAUCCUAGUGACUCAGGUGCUCGGUGCUCCUCUCUAUCUAAUAAGCAGGGAUUAUUAUUAUGCAUAUAUGGCAUACACGAAGCAGUCUUUCGGGCUGGUCAUCACAGCUCUCACACAAUGGGGUUGUCCGACAUUUGUUCGCGUUAGUGGUGAUAAGAGUGUACAAGGACAGAUUCACCUGACAGAGGACGGCCGGUUGAAAACUGAAUUUCCCGAGCGCUUGGUAUUGAUUGCUAAUCACCAGGUCUAUACCGAUUGGAUUUACCUGUGGUGGGUUGCUUAUACGAACAUGAUGCAUGGCCGCAUUUUCAUCAUCCUCAAGGAGUCUCUCAAGUACAUCCCGAUUGUUGGUCAAGGUAUGACGUUCUACGGCUUUAUCUUCAUGGCUCGCAAAUGGCUAUCCGACAAACCCCGGCUACAGCAUCGGUUGGAGAAGUUGAAAACCCGGCAUUCAGGCUCCAAGUCAGAAUCGUCUGAAUACGACCCCAUGUGGCUGUUGAUCUUUCCUGAAGGGACAAAUUUGUCAAUUAACACUAAGAGGCGUAGUGACGAGUAUGGGCAAAGGCAAGGGUUUCCACCUUUAAAGCACGAGGUUCUCCCACGAUCGACCGGCCUUUUCUUUUGCCUACAACAAUUGAGGGGCACUGUUGAUUGGGUGUACGACUGCACCGUAGCCUAUGAAGGACCUCCAAAAGGAAGCUACCCGGAUAAAUACUUCACACUCCGAUCAACAUAUCUUCAGGGUAGACCCCCAACAUCCGUCAAUAUGUACUGGCGACGGUUUGCUGUAUCAGACAUACCCUUAGAUGACCAGAAGGAAUUCGAUGCCUGGCUCAGGGCCCGGUGGACGGAAAAGGACCAGCUGCUUGAGGAAUAUUUCGAGACGGGAAGAUUUCCGUCUGAUUUAGCUGGCUUUGUUGACGAUGUGGACGUUUCCGAAAGUCUAAAAGCUGCCGCUGCCGCUGGAUAUGUGGAAGUAUUUGUUAGACUGGGGCAUUGGAGUGAAAUCGGGCGUAUAUUUAUGACAUCCACCACACCUUCCGUGUCUCAUCGACUUUCAAAGGAAUACCUCUCACGCGCCAUGGCGUCCCUACGAAGUGAACACACGAAUGGCAUAAACAGCGAAACGCAUUCCACAGCUACAUCACUCCGGUUCUCGGACAUUCCUUCUGCCAUUGAUAUUCCUGCGUCCACCCUCGACAGUGAAGUCGAGGUUAGUCUGGAAGGUCUUCCGGACGAUCCUACGGAGCUCUGCACUUUACUGGAGAAUGAAAAGGCCGCAAAAAAUUUUUGGGUUAUUAUCGCGCUCGCUUAUGCCAAACAAAAGCAAAUCGACCAUGCUAUUGACAUCCUCAACAAAGGGUUAGCAUCAGUCGCCCAUGGAGCGACGAAAGAGAAGCUCGGCUUGCUGGGUUGGGUAUGCUGGCUGCUCAUGUUGAAGAGCCGACAAGCGCCCCGAGUGGCACCGGAAGGGGAAUUGUAUUCUGAGGCUAAAACUAAGGACCAUUACCUACAGCUGGCGACGUCGACAUUAAACGAGGCAUCUCGCCUGAACCCAGCUUUCCCGCCCCUGUUUCUAGCCCGUGGAGUGUUGUCCCUUUUGCGCGCAUCGUUGCAUCCCCCGAGGCCAGUUCGUCCUGGUACAGUUGACACGUCCGAACGAGUUGAGUCUCUUAGACAGGCUCUUAAAUGCUUCGAGGAGUCGUCAAAAGCCUUCGGGGGUCGAAACGUGAUGGCUAUCCUUGGUCGCGCAAGGGCACAGUAUAUGCUUGGAAGAUAUGCAGAGGCACUGGAAGGUUACCAGAAAGUUUUGAUGAAGAUGCCUGGUUUAACAGACCCUGAUCCUCGCAUUGGUAUUGGGUGCUGCCUGUGGCACCUGGGCUUUAAGGACCAGGCGAAAGCUGCGUGGGAGCGAGCUCUGUCAUUGAACCCUGACUCCAAAGUUGCCAAUAUUCUACUCGCCGUCUACUACCUCUACGAUAGUUCCCGACACGCCACGACGGAUCCUGCGUUUGGCUCUUUGUAUAAGGUGGCUAUGACCCAGUAUACACAAAAAGCUUUCAAAUUGGACAAAGAAUACCCCAUGACGGGCGCUUUGUUUGGGGGAUAUUUUCUUUUGAGGAAGUCAUACUCUACGGUUGAAACCUUAGCACGGAAAGCGAUCGAGCACACGGACGUGAUGCAAAUAGCUAGCGAUGGUUGGUUCCUGCUUGGUCGCAAGGCGCACUACGAAGGCGAUCUUCCUCGUGCUGCAGAGUUCUAUAACCGCUCUGACCAAGCUCGAGGUGGCGGUGAUAAGGGGUAUUUGCCUGCCAGGUUUGGCACAGUGCAGAUGCAAGUGUCUAAUAAAGAUUACGAUGGUGCCAAAUUUCGACUGGAGAAGAUUAUACAGCAAACCAAAAACCCAGAAUGCAUGAUACUGCUCGGAGCACUUUAUGCGGAGGAGGUCUUUGCUACCGAGAAGAUUGGUAGCAGGGAGGACAAGUCAGCCGAAGCUAAAAAGGCGAUCAGUCUCCUAGAAUCGGUUCGUGCCCUCUGGAAGGACGAAGGCAAAAAACUCUCCCCUGAUGAGUCAGUGUUGGUGUAUUUGGCUCGCUUGUAUGAGCGUACAGCCCCGGAGAAGAGCAUGCAGUGCCUGUCCCAGCUCGAGGAAUUGCAAUUGGCAGCAAUUGUUGAGGAUGAUCAUCCAGAAGGCCUUGAAAAUGAGGAGCAGGUUAAAGCUGCUCUUCGAGUAAACCUACCGCCACAGCUUCUCAGCAAUAUGGGUUGCUUUUUGUACCAGGCUGAGAAGGUAGAUCAAGCGCGGACUAUGUUCGAAACGGCGUUGAAUGCCUGCGUCCGGUCGCAGGAGAAAGAAAGCGAGCAUGACACGGACGCCCUGGUCACAACCAUUAGUUAUAACCUUGGACGGACAUACGAGGCCUCUGACAUGCCGGAAGAAGCUAAGAAGGUGUAUGAAGGUCUCCUGGAACGUCACAGUGACUAUACGGAAGCAAGCGCUAGGUUAACAUAUAUUGCCCUACGGCAGAGCCCCACGGAUGAGGGUCCCAAAAGGAUGGCCAAGCUGUAUGAAGCAGAUUCGACGAAUCUUGAGGUCCGUGCUUUGUUUGGUUGGUACCUCAGCAAGUCUAAAAAACGGGUUGCGAAUCUGGCCGAGGACCAGGAGCAACGCCACUACAAACAUACCCUGCAAUACUUCGACAAGCACGACCGCUACUCAUUGACUGGGAUGGGUAAUGUUCAUCUCAUGACAGCACGUGAUAUGCGCCGCGAGACCGAUCAAGAGAAAGAGAAGCGCCGGAAGAUGUACGAGAGGGCAGUGGAAUUCUUCGACAAAGCUCUUCAGUUAGAUCCUCAAAAUGCUUAUGCGGCCCAGGGUAUCGCCAUUGCUCUGGUAGAUGCUAAGAAGGACUACAGUACUGCAGUGCAUAUAUUUUCCAAGAUUCGGGACACUUUGAGAGACUCUAGUGUCUACCUAAACCUUGGGCAUGUAUAUGCGGAAUUACGGCAGCACACGCGAUCUAUCGAGCAUUACGAGGCGGCGCUGUCGAAAGACCGCGCUCGUGAUGCGCAAAUUCUAGCAUGCUUAGGCCGAGUAUGGCUGCUGAAGGGGAAACAAGAGAUAAGCUUGUCGGCUAUGAAGACCGCUCUGGAUUAUGCACGACGAGCGCAUGCUGUUGCGCCGUCCCAGGUGCAUCUGGAAUUUAAUGUGGCGUUCGUACAAAAUCAAAUCGCCUCUCUGGCAUACAGUUUACCGGAGACGCAGAAGACUGUGCAAGAUGUACAGGAUGCGUCUGAUGGCCUUCGUGAGGCGGUUGAAUCUUUUGGACGCAUUGCCCAGGCCAAGAACCCUCCUUACCCAGCGGGAGCCUUGGAACAACGAGCCAACAUGGGCAAGACAAUCAUCAAACAGCUCGAACGAGCCCUCCAGAGUCAGAAGGAGUACGAAGAAAAGAAUGCGGCCAAACUUCAGCAGGCACGCGAGGCCCGUGAAGCCGAGAUCCGGCGGCGUGAGGAGGAAGUUCGCAAGGCGCAAGAGGCAGAGCGCGAGCGUAAACAGCGAAUUGCAGAGGAACGGCAGCGGAUGGUGGAGGAGGCACAACGAUUAGCGGAGCAGCGGGCGGAGGAGGAACGUGCGCGGGAGGAAGCGGAGUUAACGACAGAAUCGGAGACAGGCGCUAAGGUGAAGCGCAAGAAGAAAUCAUCCUCGACGAAACGCAAGAAGAAGCGGGCAGAGGACGACUUCAUCAGUGACGGCGAAUCACCGACCAGGGCUGGAAGCUCAGAGCCAGAGAGCGAGGGCGAAUCGGCCCCCAAGAAACGGCGUCGACUGGAACGUCGAUCGGGCGGGAAAAUGCAGAGCAAGUACAAGAGCAGUGAACUGGUGGUGGACUCCGACGAGGAAGACGGGGCCGACGCCGCCACAACUCCGGCGGCGGAAUCCGAUCACGAUCAGGAGAUGGCUGAUACAGGUGAAGAUGGGGAGAACGUGAUUCAACGGCGCCGAGCGAAGGUGAAUCGCCGGAUUGCCGACGACGAAGAGGAAGAGGAAGAAGAGAACCAGCCCGGGACGGUGGCAGUAUCAGAGAAUGGGGACGACGAUGGUGCAGAUGAUCUGUUCAAUGACAACGCGGAUGGUGAUAAUGGUGCGGCGAUGGAAGAGUAA